UCUUUAGUGGACACAGUAUUGGUUUCUGUCCAGGAAACAUUCUCAAAAGUGAUUCAUAUCAGCUAUAAGCUGCCUUUACAAACACGAAAACGAACUAGGACUUUUAAAUAAGUUGACAUUUUAACGAGGAUGCUUGAAUAUGAAUAAAGCCAAUAAUAUAAUAAUUGAAAUUGACACGAGAACAAUUGUUUCAUAUAAGUACAUUUUUCUUAAAUGUUCAGGACUGUCAGAAGGUCUGAUGUGCUAUUUCUGUGGAGAUACAGGUGAUCAUAACAACUGCGAAAACCCUUCCACAUACAUCUUGGCCAGACAGGGUAAAGGCAAACCAACAACGCAGAAGAACUGCACAUCCCCGUACGGUGAAAUGUGUGUCAUCGAAAUAUUUUCUAGCGUCGGAAGCAUCGUCUCCGAAAUACGGGAUUGUAGCGACGGCUACCACUUUUCCUAUACCUUAACCGAAGCGUUUAACCGGAGCGCGUACGAACGUCUAGAAAAACUGGUGCCAAACAAUGAGACCGCGUGCGUCUGGGACGGGCUUCAUCAAGUCUGCUUGACCAAGUGUGAUACUGACUAUUGUAAUGGCCCGCAGUAUGAUGGUGGAAUGCUGCUUAGUAUUUCGCUUUCUGUGGUGGUUGUGUCAAGUUUUGUACAUUUCAUCACCAUUGGAUAAUGACCAGUUAUAUUUUUAUAAUUAUAUGUAAACAUUGACGUGUACAUCUACACUUUUCAUUACUUAUAUUUGUUUUACUUCUGUGUUUUAUUGCAAUGUUGCCUGAAUCAUUAAGUCAUGAGCCCGGAAAAUUAACUUCUUCUGUUUUAGUGAAAGUUAUGAAGUAUUUGACUAUUUACGGCUUUCGCCGUUACCGCUAUAAAUUAUGUAGGGCGAUUUUGUGUAAUUAGUUUUUAAGUUAUGGUUUUAGUAUUAAAUGUCUAGACCGUGCUGGAAAAGCAUAAAUAGAUACGAAAGAAGUUAUAUUCGUAAUGGUUUACUUCUUUUGCUAAAAAUUAAUUAACCUGACCCUGUAAUGUAAUUCAUAUAUUAUAGGCUCAUCCAACAGAAUUGUUGAAAUGGAACAUUCCGUUUUGGUCACUUGAUGUUAGUUAAUAUAAAAUAAACAAAAGGCAUAGGAAUGUAACACAAUUGACUGUCAAUCCAGGGGUUGCACGUUCGAUUCCCUACCGCACCGCUUAACAAAUACUAAUCGUCUUCCGGGAGGGCCGUUAAAUGGGGGUCCCGUGUGACAGUGCUAUACACUGCUUUACGUUAAAGAACCAGGGUAGCUAUAACCAGGGUUACAUUCUAUCUGUGCACUAUGCUCCAAAAACAUAAUAGGACUAACAAUUUUAUCGGAGCACUCGACGAAUCGGCAAGGCCCGAAUGCAAUUAUAAAUAAGUUAACACACGACACAGUGUGACAGUGCUAUACACUUGUGAACGUUAAAAAACCAGGGUAGCUCUAGCCAGGGUUUCAUUCUGUCUGUGCAUUUUGCUUCAAAAACCUAAAAUGACUAACAAUUUUAUCGGAGCACUCGGCGAAAGGGCAAUGCCCGAGUGCGAGUAUUUAAAAUUUACCCCUCCCCAAACCCCCUGAACUAUUUCUAGAAUUCAAAGCUGUAUAACAACCUUAUUGAAUAAAUCUAUUUGUACAUCGAUUGGAAGACAGUGAUAUCUUGAUUUGAUCAACUGUCAAAACAUAGCUUUAGUAGAAUUCAUAACCCAUUAAUAUAAUCUUUGCAAAUGUGAAUAUGAUUCUGACAAAAAGACUGUAUGAUCAUCGGCAUAUAAUAAUACGAAUACGUUUAAACAAUCAAUCAAACGAACUUCAUUACCAUGUCUCGACCCAAAUGUACACUUUACCAUAUUACUAUUUUCAAAAAAAACAACAGAAUUUACUAAAGUUAAAGAACCAAAAGCUCUCUUCGCGAAGAGCUAGGGUGUCGCACCGAGAUCUCUUAUAUCUCACACUGUUUCUUCAAGUAUUCUGGAACCGUGUUGCAUUCUAAGAGACAAGUCCGAUAUGACUAUAAGUCCGAUAUGACUAUAAGAACAGCAACUUAUGACUUAUAUGUUUAAUGUUUUAGGUCCGAUAAACAAGCGCUAUUAAAUUGAACAACAUCAGUUUAUGUGAGAUAUAAGGUCUGGUGACGAAUUGCCGUUAGAGUGGCGCACUUUAAGGGGUCAAGUUUGACAUGCGCUCCCCUUGCCAAGGGCCAAGAUAGCUCUAAACAUGGUUUGGGGUGUGGCGUUCCUCCACGCAAAAUUCGGCUAAUUAUAGUCUAAAAAAUGUUUUUAUUACAAACAUAGCAUGUUUAUUAUACCACAUUGACAUAAAUAGUUUACUUGGAAAAUGGAGGGAGAGCGAUUCGGAUGCCUUUAGGAAUCCACUAGUUGAUUCAGUAAACGUAAUGGGGGAAUAUGACCGAAGGGACGUAAUUCAAAUCAAUGCUUUAACUCUUGUAGUACUAGAGUAAUAGUGCUUGAUUAGUAGAUAUCACUAGAUAAUACAAAUGAUGGUGCCUCCAUUUUAUUCAUUUUGCAUUUUGCUCAUAGAAGAAGAUAUUGUUAUCAAAAUGUCAACAAUCAUAUACUUUGAAUUGCCUCGAGAAUAUAAACUUUUAUGUGUUUUUAAAAGUAUUUGUUUAAGCUACAUAUUGUAAUACAAUAUAUUGAAUGAUGCUUUGGUGUCUGUAAUAUUUAAUAAUUUUAGUAGUUUAACAACAAUCACUUACUGACCCCUUGGUCUAAAGCGAAUAAUAAAAUAGUUAUAGCAGCGAAGAAUAAUGACCAGGGAAAGGGGGGGGGGCAUAAUUAUACAGGGGUCAACCGACUAACUUACACCGGAAAAUGCAAUGGAUUGCUAUGGCAGCUUUAGUUUGGCAUUGUACGCUAGUGUACGCUUGAUUUCUAUGUUUACUCGGUUAUAUUGUUCUUCAAACUUGUUUCUUGUUCGAAAUUAAUUUUCAAAUCGAACCAUUGCUUACACGGAUUUAAUAAAAUACUAAUUCAAUUUCAA